AUGUAUAAUCCACAAAGCUAUCAGCAACAUCCACAGCAUAGGUCACCGCCUAUGAAUACGCGAUCACCUCCACCUCUUCAGCAUCCUGUGCCUCAACAUCCGAUCCCCAAUUUCAGUCAAGGUGUUCAUCAGGCGUCGCCACACAUGCCCCACCAACAGCAACAGUAUCAGCAAUAUCAACAACAACAACAGCAUGCUUUUCCACCCCAACCUCAUGGUAACUAUGGUCCAAGUAUGGCAACGCCACCACAACAACAGCAACAACAACCGGGAAACAUGUAUCAGUUCUCUGGUUUAAACGAUCCUACUGCACAAAUUGGUAUGCAGUUUGCUGGAAGUGCCGUUGCUCAAGGCACAGCUUAUGUGGAACGAAAUUUUAAUCGUUGGGUCGAUAUGCCUACGCUGCGCCACUAUUUCAAUGUGAACAACUUGUAUGUGCUGUCAAAGAUUAAGCUGAUCCUUUUCCCUUGGAGACAUUCGCCUUGGAGCCGUGCAGUGACACGUUCUGAAACAGGCCAAAUGGAGGGCUUUCGUCCACCUCGAGAAGACAUCAACUCGCCCGAUUUAUAUAUACCAGUCAUGGCUAUUGUGACCUACAUUUUACUUUGUGGGCUUGUCGCAGGACAACAAGGAUCAUUUCAUCCUGAGCAGCUCUACGUGGCCGGAUGGACAUCAAUAGGCGUCAUUUUUUCGGAAUUGGUAUUCACCCGCUUAGGUUGCUACUUUCUCAAUAUACCUUUUGAGGCAUCCAUGCUCGAUUUGGUGGCGUAUUCAGGAUACAAAUACGUGUGCAUCAUCGUCUCUGAUCUUGUCAAACUCUUUGGUGCCGGUAAGUGGUUGUCAUGGAUGGUCUUUAUAUACACUUCAUUGAGCGUUGGCUUUUUCUUGCUACGAUCCAUGCGUUAUGUGAUUCUUCCCGAUGCUGCUGCUGGCCCUUCGACAUUCAAUCCCCAACGAAAGCGACGCAUGUGGUUUCUGCUCAUGAUUGCUACUUUACAAAUCGUUUUUAUGUUUGCACUUGUAAAUUGA